GCUGGCUCCAGUUUGGGGUGUGGAGGGGUGGGUGCACUGCCUGCUGGCUGCAGCCCCCCUCCCCAGCACUGCCAGGCACCCAGGAAGCCCCUGCCCCGUGCUCUCCCCAGGUCUGACCUGCGCCAGAUUUUGGCGACCAAGAGUGUGGAGAACAUCCAGUUCCUGCCCUUCCUCACCACUGAUGCCAACAACCUGAGCUGGCUGGGCUACGGCUGCCUGAAGGGGGACGGGACGCUGAUCACCGUCAAYGCCAUCGGGGCAGCGCUGCAAACCCUCUACAUCCUGGUGUAUCUCUACUACAGCCCCGUCAAGCGCCCCAUGCUGCUGCAGGUCCUGCUGCUCCUGGCCGUGGUGGUCACGGGUUGCGGCUACUUCGCCAUCCUGGUGGACAAGGGGACGCGCCUGACGCACCUGGGGCUCUUCUGCAGCGUCUUCACCAUCACCAUGUACCUCUCACCGCUGGCUGACCUGGCCAAGGUCAUCCGGAGCAAGUCGACGCGGUGCCUGUCCUUYCCCCUGACCGUCACCACCUUCGUGGCCUCCAGCAGCUGGACWCUGUAUGGCCUGCAGCUCCAUGACCCCUACAUCACGGUCCCCAAUGUGCCGGGGAUUGUCACCAGCCUCGUGCGGUUCUGGCUYUUCCAGCGGUACCGGCCAGGGCAGGACAAGCCCUACAGCCCCCUGCCCGCCUGAGGGGUCCCCUGUGGAGCCCCCCAACUCUGGCCUGGGCUGGCCCCACUGCCGAGCCCUGGAUGCUGUCCCCGCUGUCCCUUUGGCCACUCGCAUGGGCCACCAGGAGGGACCUCCUGCCUCCAGCCCCGAAUCUGCAGAGCUCUCAGUGAUGCCUUCAGGGUGCCACGAGCCCCUCAAAUCCCAGGGUGGGAGGAUGGUUCUCCAUGCCCACAGCCCUGGCUGGCACCGGGAUGGAGCUUUCAGGGGUCCAGGCGUCUCUUUUGUAUGGAUUCAAGUGCCUUUUAAUAAAUCWGAGACUUCCCAGA